AUGUCAUCUUCGUCUGGUACAGUGUCUAAAGAACCAGAUAACUCUGAUCUGAGGAUUGUUCUGCUUGGUCCGGUUGGAGCAGGGAAGAGUGCAACAGGAAACACCAUCCUUGGGAGAGAGGCUUUUAAAGUGGACUCAUCUCCUGAGUCGGUCACCAAAGCAUGUGAGAAACAGAGUAGGGAGGCAAAUGGGAGGAAGAUUGAAGUGUUGGACACCCCAGGACUGGGCGAGGACAGGAGAAGUGAGAUAGCCAGAUGCAUCAUGGACAAGUCAGUCCCGGGACCCCAUGUGUUCCUGCUGGUGGUAAGGUUGGGGGUAAGGUUGACAGAGGACGAGAGGAACACUGUGAAGUGGAUCCAGCAGAACGUCGGAGAAGAUGCCUCGGACUACACCAUGAUAUUAGUCACCUGUGCUGAUUCACCCCGACUCAGAGGAAACACAGUGGAUGACUACGUGAAACAGAACCAAGACCUUAAGACACUCAUCGACAGCUGUGGAGGCAGAUAUCACUCAUUUAAUAAUGAUGAUAGCGAGGACCACAAUCAGGUCACAGAGCUGCUGGAAAAGAUAGCAGAGAUGGUGGAGGUGAAUAAAGAGGGGCACUACACCAACAAGAUGGACCAGAGUGCUCAGAGUGAGAUCACUGCCCAGAAGAUACAGAGCAGGGUUCAGACGGUGUAA